GUCACCAUCACCGACCCAAAGAACCUGUCGAAUUGGUACAGGUGCCCCAAUUCAAAAGCCUGCCCAGGAGGCAUCGUAGCCGCUGCGGUCCGCGCUGGACUUGGCCCGCGUAUUCUCCAACCUAUGUGCCUGCAAGGGUUCACUGGCCAAGG